AUGAAAUUGUCUUUUGUUACAGCACCAUUUCUACAAAAUGCAAAUCUGAAAAUAAACGCAAAAUGGAUACAGAAUGGUGUCACUGUGGCUGGAGGAAAUGGACGAGGUAGCGAAAUAAAUCAAUUGAGUGAUCCAUGCAGCCUAUGUGUGGAUGAUAAUCAAUCUGUCUACAUUGCUGACUACUGUUGUUAUCGUAUUGUGGAAUGGAAAUGUGAUACGAUAACUGGUCGAGUUGUGGCUGGUGGAAAUGGGAAAGGAAACCGUUCAGAUCAAUUAAGUGGUCCGACAGAUGUGAUUAUGGACAAAGAAAGAGAUAGUUUCAUCAUUUGCGAUUAUGCAAAUAAACGAGUUGUUUGUUGGCCUCGUCAAAAUGGUACUAAUGGAGAGACAAUCAUCUCAAAUGUUGGAUGUCAUGGCUUGACAAUGGACGAUGAUGGAUCUCUCUAUGUUGCUGAUUUUGAUAAGCAUGCGGUCAGAAGACAUGAAAUGGGAGAAAGCCAAGGAACAAUAGUUGCAGGUGGAAAUGGAUCAGGAAGCCGUCUCGAUCAGUUGAAUUAUCCUAGAUAUGUCUUCGUCGAUCAAGAUCAUUCAGUUUAUGUAUCAGAUUGCGGCAACCAUCGUGUGAUGAAGUGGAUGAAAGAUGCAAAACAAGGUAUUGUUGUGGCUGGUGGUCAAGGACAAGGAAAUAGUCUUACACAAUUAUCACAACCUUAUGGAAUAGUCGUCGAUCAAUCGGGUACUAUUUAUGUGGCUGAUUGUUUGAAUAAUCGAAUAAUGCGUUGGGUUCAAGGAGCUACACAAGGAAGUGUCAUCGUUGGUGGAAAUGGUCAAGGAAAUCAAUCAAAUCAACUCCAGGGUCCUACUGAUUUGUCAUUUGAUCGUGAAGGCAAUCUCUAUGUGAGUGACAGUAGAAAUCAUCGAGUACAAAAGUUCAACAUUGAUCGAAGUUGA